GUAAAGCCACGAGAACAAGUAACUAACAUAGAUCUUUAUGGAAGAUUAGAGGGUCAUUUAGACUUAAAGGAGUUUCCCGAAGCAAAGGAACUAGAAUUUAGUGGGAAAGAAAUAACUAGUUUAGAUUUGAGCAAUAAUAAAGAAUUAGAAUUGAAAUAUUUAAGCAUUUCGCGUUGUCCUUUUACCGGAAAUUUAAAAUCUUUGCAUAAUUGCACUAAAUUAGAAGUGUUGCAUAUUCAAGGCACGCAAAUCGUGGAAGGUUUAGAAUAUUUACCUCUCGAUAAUUUAAAAGAGUUUUGGUGCAGUGGAAAACUAAAAGAAGAAUUAAAACCAUUUAAUGACGAUUUAAAGGAAAUUCAGACCAGAGGAGGAAAUAAAGACAAAGAUUCUGAAGAGAAAACUGAAGAUUCGGAAGGUGACCCCGAGAAGAAGUUAGAAUUAGAAAAAUUGACGCUAGAAGAGCGAGACGAAAUAGGAAAAAUAUUAGAUAUGACAGUAGAAAAUAAUUCAAAUAUAGUUACCGAACAAGUAGUUUCCAACAAUAAUCAACCGCCAAUUCAAUCUUCACCAACGGUUCAAAAAACUCAAAAUGAGUCAGUGAAACCAACUGAGACAACAAAAGAUUUAACUGGUGCUUCUUUAGAAGUUUCGACUAGUGAUGUAGAUAUGCUGAGAAGUGUUGCUGGUGUCAAUGCUAAACCAUAUAUCGACAGUUUCAUUACUAGAAGCAAUAAAUUGUUGCAAGAAAAAGACAAUAUAAUUGCUAAAUUAACUGAAGAAAAAAAUUUUUGGAAGACUCAAACCCAACGUUAUAAUACUAUUACUAUGCUUUCCGAAUAUGGUUUUAAUGCCGAUGAGUACGAAGAUAUUUAUAGAUUGUGCGAAGGUAAUAUCACUCCAGAAAAACUAGAAGACUUAAAAGCGAAGAACAAAUAUGCUUUCCUCCUUACCAAAAGAGGUGCCCAACAACAGAGUCGAAGUGAAACUGAAAACAAAGACCGAUUAUUUA